AUUUUCCCGAAGACACUAUGGUUGAUAUCUCUUUUGGAUCUUUUAACAGCACCAACACCUUUUCAGCUGUCAUCCUGCCAGCUCAUAAACCAGACAGUGUUUCUGGAGAAGAAGGGCUGCCCCAGGUGUCAUCCAGUGGAAACAACUAUCUGCAGUGGACUCUGCCCCACCAAGGACCCUGUCAAGAUACCGUACAGAAACGUGUACCAGCAUGUGUGCACAUACAGGGAAUGGUACUACAAGUCGUUUGAGCUUCCUGACUGUCUGCACGGAGUGGAUCCGAUUGUCACCUAUCCUGCAGCUUUGAGCUGCCACUGUGGUCCUUGUACCAUGGACACGUCCGACUGCACCUUUGAGAGCCUGCAGCCAGACUUCUGCAUGAAUGACAUACCUUUCUACUACUAGUCCGAAGUAACUGGAUAUUGUUGUAACUGAGCAAAUAAUUGUGUUUCUGUCCCUUGUGUAAUUAAAGUCAAGAAAUGA